UUGUUAAUGUUCUUCUGCUAAAAAGGGUUAAACGAACUUUUAAUUUUUAAAAAAAGGCUUACGAGAGGCCAUUUAGCACUUUUACUAGAACUACCUCGCGCGGGGUAAUCAGUAAGAGAUAGAAUCAGUAAGAGAUAGAGAGCAAUCCUUGAUCAAUCCGAGCGCGAGAAUCUUAAUCUAUGAUCCCAUGAACAAACUCUUGAAUCUUAUUAUUAUGACUGAAUGCAUCAACUCAAAUGGAGAAGAAAACUUUAUUGUACUAGACGGAGGUCUUGGAACAGAAUUAACAAGGGCUGGAUUUAAAAUCGAUGUACGGUGGUGUAAGAUACCUAUCUUUUUCUAUGAAAUGACAAUUCUUAACAUUUUUUCUUUAAACAAAAUCAAUAAGGAAGAUUUAAGUCUGAAAGUCAUCGGAGUAAAAAACCUUGGGGCUUUUAGGAGAGAGAAUACAUGCAUAUGCCAAUUGAUUCGAAGACUUUUUUUCUCAGGAUGAUCCACUUUGGAGUACCAGAACUCUUAUUGAAAAUUCAGAGGCAGUGAAAGCUGUCCAUAAAAGGUAAGAAGCUUUGCAAUUUACCGACCUAACUUCGUCAAAAUGAACUUUUUUAGGUACAGGCUAUGAUCGGCAUUUUGAUUGAAGUUUCCCAUGAAAAUUCCAGCCCAUGAGGUUCCUGCCCCCCCCCCCCCAAUUCCCCACAGGCUAAUAAAGUUGUGCUUGAGGUACCUUGAGGUGCACUGUAAAUGGGUGUGACCACUACCCAUGCCCUUGGCCUUUAAUUCAGAUUGAUUUACAUCACUAAAAAGAACAAAAAUGGAUAAAAUUUUGUUCCCUUAGCUUGUAUAGGAAACUGCCUAUAGGUCUCUUAAGCGAAUUAUAUUCUCAGUACAUCCACUGAAAAAAAUAGUUUUUGUUUCUUAGUUUCCUUGAAAGUGGGGCUGACAUUGUGAUAACUGGCACUUAUCAGGUAAUCAAUCAAACAUUGACCAGAAGGUGUUUUGUAGACCAUUUAUUUUGUGGAUAAUUUGGCAUAUUAUGAUUGUUUAUUUUCUUGAAUACAAAAGUUCAUGUUGGUCGUAACUUGAUUUCAAAAUGCUCACCCUGUUAACAUUUGAUUUAUGUGUGUGCUUUCAGCUCAGCUUGAAGACACUUUGUCAACAUUGUGAUUUUGAUGAGAAUAAGGCCUUGGAUGUAAUUUACAGUAGUGUAAAAAUUGCACAGGAAGCUUGUCUUGAAGUUAAAAGGUACUAAAGCUUUCGUUUGAAUAUGAGUCCAUGCAAUCAGAGAAGAACUGUGCUGAAAGCCAACAUAGGUUGUGUCUUGAAUAUGAAAUCCUAGCAAAAAAUUAUAAUCAGAGAAGGGUUGGUAUAAAUAAAUCAAUUUCAUGUGUGAAAAAAAAAACAGUUCACAUAACUUCAGGUCUAUACUAUAUGAAUAUCAUAUAACACCUUGAUUAAGUUUCAUUAAACUGUUUUCAUGUUUAAUAAAGUACAUUGGCUGAAAAUGAGUACAUUCUCAUGUAACACCAGUGCAAAUUACAAAUAGUGUGUGCAUGCCUCCAAAACUUCCUCUGUCUUGAGUCUCUGUGAUUUUUUUUGUUUACAUUAUUAACAAGUAAUAACAUGAUUUCUCUUGCAAUUUGGUGUAAAAAGGAAGUGAAUUUUUCAAAGACUGCAAAUUGCACUUUCCUUACAGGCUUGUGCAAUUCUGUUGUCUUUGAAAAAUUUACUUGUGCUUAUUAACAACAAAUUGUACUCAAAAUCAUGUUAUUACUUAAAGAUAAAAAUUACCUUUUUUCUUUUUACUCAUUGUUUAUCUAGUAAUAAUUCUGAAUAUAAAAGGAGACUGCUGGUUGCUGGAUCAGUAGGUCCAUAUGGAGCUUGUCAGCAUGAUUGGUCUGAGUACAGUGGGAAUUAUGUUGACAACAUGACAAUCAAGGUAAUUAAGACCAGGGUAAUUUAUGAUGGUUCUCUAUAAUAUUUACAUAACAAUUUGUCUAAGUUUGGCCAUAGGAAGGAGACAUUCCCCUUAAACUCUCAAAAAUGCUUUAUAUAACUUUCUUCCUAAAUUAAAUAUGUCAUAAUGAUUAUCCAGCAAGUUGCUUUCCAAUACAAAAGCUUUCGCCUUUGAACUUAUCAAAUUCUUCAUUACAUUAAAUUUGAUGUGUUCACAAAAUGCCAAUAUUAUAUUAUUAAAACAAUCAAAGGGAAGGGGUGAAGAAUUUCUUUCCAGUUCUCAGGAAUAAGCUUACCGCUUACUGCUAUCUAUGAAGAAAAUAGCAUCACUUAAUUCUUUUAGGAACACUCUUUGGAAAAAAAUUUUUGAAGAACAGCAGCUUUUAAAUCAUUUUAUUCUGUGAUUUAGUUAUACUUUUGUACUUUUAAUUGAUCUAUCUCUUAUCUCCUGUAUUUUUAUUCGUUAUAUUAUCUCAUAGUUAUGCCAGAGUUUUUAACAUCCGUAUUGUGCAAAAUUUUAGAGGGCCACUGGUUUGUUAGUAUUUUUAUACUAUUUUAGUGCUACCCUCUUUAAAUAAAGUCUUUACUUACUUACUUACUUACUUACUUACUUACUAAUAAAAAUGUUAAUUUUCAAUUAUGGUUCAUGCAUGCAAAAUAGAUCAAAUACUUACUCUUUUAAUUCAGCAACUGAUGGAUUGGCACAGGCCCAGAGUGAAAGCACUGCUUGAAGCUGGAGUUGACAUUCUAGCUCUAGAAACCAUUCCUGCUCAGGUACUUUUAAAUUUUGGAUGAAUCAGUAAUUUCUUAUGGCCUAAAAAUUUGAAUAAACACAACAUGAUCAGAAACAGAAAUUUAAUUUGAAGUGAUCAGAUUGUGAGAGGUAGAUUGAAAAAAUGAUGAGACCACACAGGCAAACUUAAGUCAGUACAUGCUGUUCCAAUAAUUUCUCCCAGUACAUUAAAUAAUAGCUUAAUUUUUUUCCAAUGAAAAUUGAUGUGUAAAACUGUAACUUUAACAAUCACGUUGCAUUCAAAUGUGAUCAUGCUGUUCAGAAUCUUCUGAAAGUUCAUUCAGAUAAUUAAGCUGUUCUACUAGCCAAUUGAAGUUGAAAUUUUUGGGAACUGGCUCCAUGUCGAGGAAAGGGUUAACAAUAAAGGUACCAUCUUUCUGAUAAUCAGUGUAAUAUUUUACCUUCCCUUAAGAAAAUUGUAUUCUAGUUCAUAUUUAUUUGCUGAUGGCCAGCGCAGCACCUUCUAGUAAUAAAACCUUUCCAAUAACUUAAGGUUACCCUGAUAAGUUGGUGGUCCUUUGUAAACUAACCUCUCUUACUGAUUAAUAAUUUUACUAGAAAGAAGCAGAGGCUCUGAUUCAGCUUCUCAAGGAAUUUCCUACAGCAAAAGCUUGGCUGUGCUUUUCAUGUAAGGUGUGUGACAAUUUGACUACUGUUAUGCCUAAUGUAGAGGAACAGAUUUGCUUUUUUCUAUUUUUUUACUGUGCCUUUGAUUUUGAUAUUGUCCUGACAACUGUAGACUGUUUAUGAUGUAUGAUAGAGGGACCAUUUUUUUAAAUGCCUUGUGGUUUUCCAUCGAUUUUCUCAGUACCUUUAAGGAGUAGUGCUUCACAAGUAACCAAUUAUUCAAAACUGUGACAACAUUUGAGAAAGAAACAAGACAUUGGUGAUAUGCUUUCAUGACGAAAAAAAAAACAUUUAACUCAGUGAAAUGCAUGACAAAAGCGCACACACAUGACGCAUACUGUCUAUUUACACAGGCAUGACAUGUUAACUGUCCCUCUGACUGUCCUAUUACGCAGUCCAAUUACAAGCAUAAUCAUAACAAUUACAAUUUCCUCAAAUGUGAUUGGUGAAUCGGCUGCUUUAUAUUUCACUAAUCACUCUGUACAGUUGUAAUCAGACAGUUGGCUGUAAUCGGACACCUACAAUCAGACAACUGAAACAGCCAAUCAUACUAAAUCCACUCAGCUAGAUCCACCAAUCACAGGAUUGAUCACAAUAACCACAGCAACAACCACUUACCCUGAAAAGAAAACUGGGAAAAUUCCAAAUUUUUUGCUUUAGAUAUUUUCUUACUGGAGAUGUUUGUCCUAAAUUUUUUUUUUCGGAAAUUGUAAUUAUUAUGAUAAAUUGGUAACAGGACUUCGUAUCGUCCUGUUCUGUCUGUAAUCAUACUCGUGAUUGUCUGUGAUCAAAUCGAACUCCCGCUUCACGGUCGUCUGAUUUUGUUAAUCACUAGUAUGAUUACAGACUGAAUUGGACUCUGUUCUAUUAGUGCUCAAAUCGGAAUGAUAGUUACCAAUCGCGUUCGCAAAUUUUGUGAUAGUUUUGACGGUUUGUAAAAGAAAUUAUAACGCGAUUUCCCAAUUGUUUGGUUCGUAAAAUGUAGAACGUGUCCGUCUUGGAAGUAGACCUUUUCCGUUCACGGAGUCUGGUCCCUCUUUUUGUGCGUAAGCUUAACUAGACUCUUUCUGCAGCACUCAUGACAUGUGUUGACUUCUUCACUAUUUUAGAGAUCUUUUUGGGAGUUUUUGCUUUACGGGAGACAUUUUUGGUAACGGCUACUUCGUCUUGUUCUCUCAAAUCAUCAAAGAAGUUUCUGUUGCAAAAUUUGCUGUUGUAGUAGCUGUGGCUGUCUAUUCAAAACGUUUUUCUCUAGCGUAGCUUGAAUCAUUUUCUGCAUAUAAGCUUCUAAACGGUUCAUUCUGUUGUCAAUAGUAGAUUCUGAUAGAUUGUCAAUAAUAGAUUUGAGGCGCUUCCCGUUUCUUAAGCUUUUUACGAAUUGAGAUUAGCUAACACUGAGGGAUUGCAACAGGCUGUCAUGGCUUUUGGCAAGAAAUGCUCAUAACGACCAUUUUAAAUCAGAUAGUGAACAAUGUCAUAAAAGGCUACCAUUUUUACUCAGGACCAUUUGGUACCCAAUUCAGGAUCAUGGUCACCAUCACUGUCGCCUCAACAGUAUUACCAACUAGUCCUUAGCACUUAUGAUGCCUUUGCUGAGAACAUGCCAGUCAUAAGUAAUUAGGUCUCUGUUUGACAUGCAGGAUGAAAGGCACACUUGUCACGGAGAACUGUUCUCUGAAGUUGUCACUAAAAUCGUCUGCCAGUCAGCACAAGUAAGCUACACUCAUUCAGUAAAGUGUGAUCACCGUCCGGAUUAUUUGUCACAUUUGAAGUUGGCAUUAUAUGAUAUUAAACGUAAAUUAUAAUUAUUUCUUAUUGCUAGAUUGUUGCUGUUGGUGUGAAUUGUUCUCCUCCACAAUUUGUAAAGGUGUGUAUUUAAAUACCUGAAUAAAUUUCGUACCCAGAUCCUACCUUACAACUACUUGACCGCGGAAGGUCUGGGUACGUGACUGUGCCUGAAUACCGACAGUUUGAGGAUAUUUGUUUCAGAAGAAUUCAACUUAGGUUAUGUGUUUAAUGAACCUUCGCUUGGUGUAGCGUUUCCCCUCCCACUCCCCCUGCCAGUAACUUUCUUUUUAACAGUUCUUAUUGCAGAGCAUCCAAGGAAAGGUUGAUCUUCCCCUCAUUGUUUAUCCUAAUGGCUUCGAUGAUGGAAAGUGAGUGUUGAUUUAUUCCAUGUUAUAUAUUUCUUUCUUUAUCUGUUUGAUUGACAAUUAAACCGAAUAUAAAUCAUUUGAAUGUGGUGAAUAUUUAUUUUAAGGGAUACUAGUCCGAGAUUUAAUACAUGGAAGAAUACAUUCAUUUCCAUUAAUGGUUACAGUGCUAUUUACGAUCUUCAUGUGAUGUGGCAGAGGUACUCAAUUAAGUGUAAUCAGGGAUAGUACAGUGGGAGAUGUGCUUCAAGACACACCCUUGAUGUUCCAUUUCUGAUAAAAUACGUUCCCAUUUUGAAUGAUUAUAUUUUAUCAUAAACGGCGUCCCUUUCCAGUUCAGGGGUGCAGCCAUAGGGAGUUCCUUUGCGUAUGAGAAUCACGAGUGAUCUUCUGUGGGACCAUCUACAACCCCAAAACGUUUUUAAGAAGCACCCAGAAUCAGUUCUCUAUCUCUGGACGUGUACACCGCUAAAAAGACUCAUUAUAUUGUUAAUGUCAUAUGAUAGCAACGGUUCAUACCACCUGAGGAAUGCAACUGUAGUGCUUCUCCACCAACAGAAAUUAUUAUCCCUUCAGAUUCGUCUGGGACGACGAUGAACAUCAAGUUUUAUCUGGUCAUGUAAUGGAGUGGAUAGCAGCUGGCGCUCGUUGGAUUGGUGAGGGUGAAGUUGUGGGUACUUCCCUGUAUUUGUGUGAUAACUUUUAAAACUUCACUUCCUUUCAUGGUAAAAUAGAGGGGAAAUGUGCUCCAACUAGCUAAAGAUACUUAUUCAAGUUUCCAUUCAUUUGACCUUAAGGCCCCAUUCUUCGUGGCCCACCCUUCCCAAAUUAUCAUGGGGUGUGUCUGAAAUUGGAAAGGCGCGUUAUGGAUAGUGCGGAUAGGAGCCCGGUUCCCUUAAUGUUGUACGAUGAGCGGUAACCCUGCCUCUUGGCCAUAAAGACUUCAAGAAUAUUAGAUCCUUCUAUGUUUUCAGUAUUUCUCCGUUCCUUAUUUCCCCUCUCUUCUACGGGGAGGGGGGAGUACUUGCGCUCAAUUGCCACGAGCUCACUGAUUCUCCCCCUCCCUUUAAGAAUUAAUAUAUUCGCCCUCGUUUUUCCCCAAUUUUGCGCAAAAGUGAAAUAAGAUUUCACGGAACUCGUGCCUUCAAAAAAAAAAAAAAAAAAAGAAAGCAGGUAUUGAUACCCCAACUCCCGUCUGUCUUAUUUCAUGUGGAGGCGUUUAGCCCAACAACUUCGCCUUCAGUUUUCGCCAAUUUAUCCACCGACAAAAUGUGUUUCACACCAAGACGAGUGCAUUCAAGGGUCGUGGAUAUCAUUUAAAAGAUCAAUAGUUGAAGCAGGGUGAAGGUGAAGGGGUGGUUUCCUUCAGAAAGAUUUCAAGGUAUUGACUUUCGCUCACUGCAUCAGGUAUUUCCUCUCCUUGGCAUGAAAAUGAACAUGUCAAUUUUACUGUGCGCUAAAAGAGAUUUUUUUUUUUCUGGGAACGUUUUGUAGGAGGAUGCUGUGGGACGCAGCCGAAGGACAUAGCCAAGAUAAGAAAGAUAGUCGAAAGUAAUGGGUAAUCAUCAACAGAUUCGAUUUCAGUCUCGGACUUUAUCAAGGCCCUUCGGGUUUUACGUUAAUUGCUCCCUGCAGAUCUCAGGGACGUGGCGGAAGACGAAUUGCUGACUGGACGCGAAUCACUUCUCUUGUUAGUGUCAAUGGAUUAUUUCAGCCAAUCGGAAACAAGAACAAGUCAGAAAUUUACAAUGGAGUGCUUUUUUGCUUUUUGAGUGUCGUAAAACCAAAGUAAUCACAACGACCAAUCAGAGGGAUGGAAAUACCUUCAAGAGCUUAAAGUUUUGCAUCUGAUUGGUUGAGAGUGGAGUUUCCUAGACCAAUCACAGAGCGAAGUAAAGCAAAAAGAAAAUUAACCCUGGAUUACUUUUGACACUCAAUAUUGAAAACUACCCAAAACCUGCCUUAAUGUAAUCGUGUUGAACAACUCAGGUGUCCAAUACACUUCGCCACUUCUCCUUUCAGAACAAAGUAAGGCUGACACAACUGAAAAUUCCGAUAAUUGUUUUAUUAGCGAGAACGUCCU